AUGGAGCAAGUGGGGCAGCAGCGGUUGCCGAGUGAUCACAGAAACGUCUCCUUCGCACUGAAGGUGGCGGGGUGGCUGGUGCCUGACGUACGCCGGCACCUUUUUCUUCUUCUUUGGAUAUGUGGCGUGCCCAUACAUGUGCAGUACGUGGUGCACCUGCUUCGUAUGUCAGCUGUUCCGCUGGAGAUGGCGAUGACGGACACGACAACUCAGACAGUGAGAAACCCGGGGAUUUACGCGGCGAUGGAAGCGCAUGCGUCGCCUGUUCCGCCGGAAGAAACUUCGAUGCGGGAGGUGGCGCUGGAUAUUUUGUUCGCGCAGGUGGCGGCCGACUGUCGUGCGGCAAACGCACAGGUGCGGCAGGCGUCCCUUUCCAGCGAGGCGUGGUCGGAGGUGCAAAGUUUGUCGUACCGUGUGGACGCGGCCGGCGUCACGCAGAUUGUUGCGCAGGACGCGACGGCAAAGGGUGAGGUCUUGGCGUUGCUGCCGUCGGCAGCUUCGUUGGAGGAGCUCGAGGCGAUGUACUUCACGGCAAUCGACCAGGCGCGACGCUUCCGCGAGCAGUACACUUUUCCCCGGUCCCACAGCCACGCAAGCCGUGAAGGAGACAGCAGGACACACUCCAAGAAGGAGGAGUCUAGCCGCCGUCACGGCGUACAAGGCGAGGCAGGCGUUGGGAUCGAUGUGAUUAUUGUCGACAGCGAGGACGACGACGCUCGCCCGCUGAAGCAGCCAGACAUUGUAGUACUUUCUGAUGACGACGGUGGUGACAGCUGUAGUUGUUGCUGCCAUCCGCCCGCGAAGCGACGACGGGGUUUCUCUGCAGAGGCCGUGUACGAAGUGGUGGAGUGA